CGCAGCACCAGCUCUGCCACUACCAGGAGCGGAGAAGGAAGGAGAUGGCCGACUAGAAGGCAGCGUUAUCUUUGCUACUUCGCCUGCGAGAUUCCUUUUACAUUACACAGUUUCACAGCAGAAGCAGAGGGAGUACUGUACAGUUAUUUCGUUCCUCUUCAGCUAUGGCAGAACAAAACAGCAGCGUCAGAUAUCAGGAGCUGGUGAAUGAGGAAGAGCCCCCCCAGCCUUCCCAGGAGGGUCCUGCCCAGGACGCCCCACCACCAUACAGCAGCAUUGCUGCAGCAAAUGCAGCUUUCUUUGAAUACAAGGAAGAUGGAGGAAGAUUUCCCAACCCUCCAUCCUACAGCGUUGCCACCACUUUGCCCUCCUAUGAUGAAGCUGAGAGAAGCAAAGCAGAGGCGGCCAUCCCGCUGGUCGCUGGAAGAGUCACGGAGGAAGACUUUGUGGCCAGAGAUGACUUUGAUGAUGCCGACCAGCUGCGAAUAGGAAACGACGGCAUCUUCAUGCUCACUUUCUUCA